UGUAUUCAUCGUUACCGUUCGCAAGUGUUUUUGGUUUGACGUCCGCGUCCUGCAAAAAAAAUAGAAACCAUCGUAUCGUCGUCAUUGCCGUCGGUGUCAUCAUUUGAACCCGAUCAAAAUCAUUUAAAGUAUCGAAGUAGGUCUUGGUCAGAUCCGUAAUCCGUAAUCGUGACAGUGACAGUUUGGUGCAAAAUUAGCAGCCCACUUGUGUGUUUGCGUGAACCGUUGACCGCAUUGGCCAGUCAGGAUCGCUGGACAUCCGCUUGUCGAAUCCCUCAAGAAAACGGUGUUCUAGAGUCAAAGUACUUGUCAGAAAAUAUUGUGGUUUUCACUUGAUUUGUUUUUUUUUGCCAAAAAUAAGUGGGCAAUCCUCGCUGUAAGUCAAUGCUCACGCCGUCACCGCUUGCUUGCGUUUGGGUGGUAUUUUUAACAAGCCUCGCGCGCAGCAGCUCCCAUCAUCUCGCGAGUGUGUUUGCGUCGGACGGGUAGGCAAGCAAGGAUCGCGGUGCGCCCGAAGCAGUGCAAGUGACAAGUGAACAUCCACGCGAAAGGGAGAAGAUCAUUCCGUUUUUUCCUCUCGUUCUCUCUCUCUUUCUGCGAGAAGGGCAUCAGAAGAAAGCACUAAUAGGAAAUCCGAAAGAGUCUGCAGUUUGGCGUGCUGGUGUUGGCUUGGCGCACCAGAUCUGUGUGAACGUGUACGUGAUUGAUGUGAGGCGAAUGAAGUGCAAAAGAAAGAAGUAAAGUGCUGUUUCAGUGAUUUUUCUUCCCGUCUCUCUCGAUUGAGGCACAAAAUUUACACAAUCGCGAAGAAUGUAUAUUUUUCUUUCCAAUUGAAAUCACAUAAUAAAAUCAGAGGGAAGCCGCUCGUUAGCAAGUGAAUUGGUGGAGCAUUCGUGGAUGAUUUGUUUAUUUGAGCGUAAAGUGCGAGAUUGAUUCGAUAUUAGUCGGCUUAAGAAAGAGGUUUGAAUUACAGCAAAAUCGACUCCGGAAGGUGUGCACAGUGCACACGAACACAACUCCAACCUGCUGACCCACGCACACACACACCGGCACCGUCAGUGAUCUUCGCUGCCACCGUAGGAAGGCUCAAGUCGACGCGGAGAAUGAGAAAAACUGUUCUUUAGUAAAGAAACAAGUCGUCGACGGUGGGAAGGGUAAGAGUGUUGUGGGGGGAAAAGAGAAUAACAAAUACAUCGUCGAAACCCCAGACGGUUUGAAGCAAAACACAAGAAACAACACCAAACUGGAAAACAUUCUCCGUUGCUUGGUUCGUUCGACCGGCAUGAGAAACGUCGAUUAUACUCGACGAAGAAACAAUAAUAACAAAAGCCUCAUCGCAUCGGCAACAACAACAUCAGCAGCAGCAUAAAAAUUCCUCUAAAAUGUCAACCUUUCAUUGUGUUCAAACAAGAUGAUCCUCAUUAUGCAACCCUCAGCAAAAACUACAUUAAACUGACUAUCUGUAUAGAAUCAUCAAUCCCUAGCAGUGACAAGAUAUCGCUCCAGAAUGUUGGCCACUGUCGAUAGCCGCGUAAGUAGUCUGCCCACAGUCGAGAACGGCAUGUCGCACAGGCCAGUUUCGGUCAGCCGUCUAUGGCAGCAUACGACAGAGAGGAUAACAGAUCGAAGGCAUUGUUUACUGCCACGACGGAUAGAUCUGCGCUUGGCAGCAGCCUACCGGUGCUCUCUUCUGCUCAUCACCCUAGUGUUAAGUUGUCCCCUGCUAGUGUUAGCUUUGCCGCAUCCUUCGCAUCAUUCUGCAGCUUCCUCGUCGUCAACGGACUCGGCGUCGAGCAGUAGUUCCGGUUCCGGUUCCACCGGCAGUAGCAAUACGAAAAGUUUAGGAGUUUACAUGAUCCGAUCGCCGGAAUCGACUACGGCACCGGCUGGCGAUGAAGUACUCUUCGAGUGUGAACUGAAUUUGAUACCUGAAAGACUGGAAUGGCGGUUUCGGGCCCAGGAGAGCCAAGGGAGCCGCGACGAUUACGUCUAUUUGAAUAAGAAUGGUCACAAUGUGACUACCGUCGAAGGAAACUCAAAGCUGCACGUGUAUGUCAAUGUGAAAACGAUCGGCGAGUAUCAGUGCGUUGCAUGGUUCGGUGCUUCGGCGAUCGCGUCCAUACCGGCCCGGUUGACCCUGGCUUCGAUCAGUCUGGACUCCAGUAUUAGCAGCAGUAACGGUAACUACGCCAGCUACGGACCGAUGCGAACCAGCAGUAGCAUAAGCGAUGUCCACAGUGGACGAACCGAUCGGGUUCCAACGAUGAUGAGGCGCGUUCUGUCUCCGAUCCAGCAGCAACAUCUGAAAAUCUCCCCGGGAAAUAGUAUUAUCAUUAAGUGCGGUGAUGUUAUCUCCAACCCGCCGGCUAUCUGGAGCUACUACAAAGACGAAGUAGCGAUCCCAGCCAGUAACCCACAGCUGCCCCACGGAGGACUGAUUCUGCCGCAGCUGACACCACAGGAUUCCGGAACGUACCGCUGUUCCGCCGUCAAUUCAAUCACUGGCAAUGAACUUAAACUGCCCCAGAAAACUACGAUUCUGGUAGAAUACACUCCACGUUCGUCACCGAAAGCCAUCUACAAACCGCAGAACGUUUCCGUAGUGCCCGGGUCGACGGCGCUCCUAGAAUGCACCGGUGUAGCGAAUCCCAUCCCUAAACCGUCCUGGUCCCGACGGGAUGGUCUCCCAAUCGGCGAUCAUUCACAGGUUCUACCGUACGGUUUACAGAUCAACAACGUCCUCCCGGAGGAUCAAGGAGAGUACGUGUGUCGUUUGGACAACGGUGUCGAGCCGACCCUCGUGCAUACCAUCAAGUUGACCGUUCUGGAACUGCCGCAAAUUAUCGAACCUCCAAGGGCCACUCUGACGAACGAAAGCGAAAGCCUAGAACUACAGUGCAUUGCCACGGGUUCGCCAACGCCGGACAUUUACUGGAUGAUAAACGGCGACUACACAAAAUGGGAUCGAUUGAUCAGGUCGAACGGUUCCAAGUUGUUCAUAAAAUCAGUUGAAAAGAAACAUGCCGGAAUUGUGCAGUGCUUUGCACGGAAUGAAGUCGGUGAAGUUAGCGAAAGCAGUCUUCUACAGGUCAAUCCAAAACAGAUUCCCGGAGGAAUCGGAUCGCCCCCGCUAGGAUCCGUACCAUCUGGUUCCAAGUUCGGAAACGAUCACGGCAGUAAACGACAAAAAGGCGGAAAGAAACACAAACACCUGAUCAUGAUUCCCCCAUCGCGACCGAACAUCACUCGACUGUCGGACGAAUCGGUUAUGGUUCGCUGGUCAGUUCCAUCCAGUGACGGUCUGCCGAUUCAGUUCUUCAAGGUUCAAUAUCGGAUGCUGGGCGAUCCAUCGAAGAACAUCGCCCGGACACAAUGGAUGACGGAAAACGAAGAUAUUUCUCCGUUCACCCGAUCGUACGAAGUUAACAAUCUCAAGUCUGAUCACUACUAUCGGUUCCGCAUAGUGGCCGUGUAUUCCAACAACGACAACAAAGAGGGUGCUGCUUCUGGAAAGUUCCACCUACAACGAGGAUCCCAGCUAGGACUGGCCAAAAGUCAUCUGCUGGCACCGACACUAACUCGCAUUGAACCCGUCUCACAGCAUGCCAUCGUUCUCCACUGGCAGUUUCCACAGCAUCUGCCUCAUCCGAUCGAUGGUUUCUAUGCGUACUACCGACCGGCCACCACAGCCGGAGAAUACUCGAAAGCCACGGUGGACACUCCGACGGCCCGUCACUUCAAGAUCGAUCAUCUGGAGCCGGGAACGGCUUACGAGUUCAAGCUGCAAUCGUUCACGGCAGCAGCGGCGUCCGAUUUCAGUGCAAUCCUGACCGGAAAAACACUGAAACCACCAACGCCUCCGCCCAUCGUACCGUCGGUGGUGGCCGCCUCCGAAGCAGACAACGGAACCGGAGAAGUGCCCAACUAUGUCUACAUGGGUGUCGGUGGAUUCGUGCUGGUGCUAGGAGGUAUCAUUUUGUUGUGCUGCUGUUGCGUGGCAUGCAAGAAAAAACGUGGUCCAGGUGUUGACGAGUCGGAUGCUAAAUCACAUAUUCAAGUCGAACAGAAUGGUUUUCCCGGAUCGAUCAGCAACGGUGGUCCUCGGUCCCAUCACCACAAAAGCCGAAACGGGAUCAGUGCUCGGAUGAACAUCACCCCCAAUCCGUUGGCCCAGGAUGGCGAUAAGAAUCGUAAUGUGAUGGAGCUGCGUUUUCUGCCGGCCAAACCGCAACCGAUCGUAUCUGCCGGUGGCGCCGGUGUAGGUGGUGGUGGUGGUGGUGGUUGUGGUUUUAGUGGAUCUCCCGGUGGCGGUACCCUGAAUCUGAUGACCAAUGGAUCCAACUCUUACCCUACUAAUAACAAUCACCAACCUCAUCAUCUUCAUCAUCAUCAUCAACAACAACACAAUCACCAACAGCAACAACAGCAGCAGCAGCAGCAGCCACAUCAUCAUCAUCAGCCCCUCCAGAGUCAAACCAUGAUCAACAGCAGCGUCGGUCCGGGUCAGGAACAUCUGAUGCUAGCCUCGAUGCCGCACCGUCGAACGUUGGAACGAAGUGUCCGAAAUUUGCAGCACAGCCAGCACAACGGCCUGGACCAGAGCCAGAAGAUGAUGCUGGAAGGUGAUUGCGGUGUGACCACGACCGUCGGAGCCGGUGUGGGCAUCGUGCUCGGUGGAUCACGGAACAAUUCAUCCAUCCGGAGGGGACGGCGUGGAUCCGGUUCGGUUCCCAGCAGCCCUCGAGUCGGCCGGGGUCCAAGUGCCGAACUGCUGCAGCACAAUCGAUCACCGAUGCCAAUCCGAGCCGCUGCCAGCGGUGUCAAACGGGCGACCAGAUUGGGACGGGCCGAGAACAUGUCGUCCGGUAGUUUGAACAGUAUUGAAGUUUGAAAAUUCCGGCUCAGGUAGACGGGAAAAUCGUUUGAAAUGUGAUAUAAUAUGGAAGUUUGCACAAAAUUGGCUAGAGUGAACGAAAAAGACACAGUAGUAGUUGUUCUUCAAUUGAUCCCACAAAAACCGUAACUGAAAUAGCUAAUACUUAACUGAGAAAAAAUAUAUCUAUAUGGUAGUCUUACUUAGUAAUCCGUCCUUCGAGAAGCAAACAAGAUAAAUCACAGGCAAACGAAUGUUGGUAGCAAGUGCUAGAGUAAAAAUCCACUAUUUAAGAGAGUUAUAUUUACUGUAUUUUAGUAUACAAAAAUACGCUUAAAACUCGAUUAGCUGAACACAAACAAAUAAUAAAAAACAGAUCAAAAUACAGGCAACUAAUUGUACUUAAUAAUAUAAAUAAAAAAAAACGAAUCGCUCGAAUGUGUAAAUAUUUCGGUAGUUCUAAAAACCUGAUAGAGAAUAGUUCUAUAGAAGUCGCAGUUCUAUAGAUAAGCUAAGCGAUAAUUAGGCAGCAAAACUGCUAGCAAACGAACUGUUUAUGUUAGGAAAUAGGAAAGAAUACGCAACACUUUAGAUUUGACUGAAACUAAUCAAUAAACGAAUAAUAGCGCGAGCGUAGAACAAAUUCAAACCGGAUAGAAGGCGAGAAUGUGGCAUGAUGAGUGUUAAAUUAUUUACAAUACUAAGUACUACGAUUUUAACAAACAAAUAUUUAACACGAUAGGAUAGCAGUUUAUUGUAGUUUUAACAAAACGUCAGGUUUUUUUCAAAUUCUUCAUUGACGCUGUUGAUAAUGAAUAAUGGUAAAAAAAAGAUGAAAACGGCGAUUAGGGCACAAAAAUUUAUAUGCAAUAUGCCGAAAAAAUGUAGGUUCAUUAGGUAAAACAAAGAUGUGAAUAUUUUAUUUUGUUUCGUUUUUAUUUUUGGAUGAUAGAAGUUGCCUUCUGGUAACAUGUGGCAUGGAAAAGGAGAACAAAAACUCGAUUGACUAGUGUGAGAAGUCUAAAUUCUAAAAUGUGUAAUUUUGGAAUAACACAAGUCAGAUAAAAAAAAAUUGUUAACGCAAAUGGUAGCUGCAGUAGCGAACAGAGAAUAAAUUAAAACUCGUUUCUUAUUUCUUGA